AAGGGUGGAGCAGCCCUUGUACUCCUAGUAAUGAUAUUUUUUAUCAAUCCAAAGAAAGUAUGUAAUUUUGUGAUUCUGGUCUUUACAUGCAAAACGCCAUUGAACGAUACUCUAUGCAUACAAAAGAAAUUCCAACUCACAAGCCUGAAAUGGAACAACAUAUGAAGCACUUGAGGAUUGAAACAGAAAACAUGGUUAAGAAGAUUGAGUUCCUGGAAGUUUCUAAAAGGAAGCUGUUGGGUCAAGGAUUGGGCUCAUGUUCUGUUGAGGAACUUGAAGAGAUUGAUAGCCAGCUGGAACAAAGCUUGAAAAGCAUCAGGGCGAGAAAGGCCCAAUUAUGUAAGGAGCAUAUACAGCAACUAAAAGCAAAGGGGAGAAUGUUGUUAGAAGAAAACAGAAAGUUAUGUGAAAAGGAAAUAAUGUUAUUAGAGGAAAAUGCGAAGUUAUGUGAAAAGUGUGGUGGUGAGAAGCCAGGACAGCAACCACCAGUCUAACAAAGGAAAGCAUUACAUGAUUGCACCUAAAAUAAGCAGUGCUUGGAGGUUUAAAUGGAAUAGUUCAUGGGACUACAACAAAACUAUUUAUAUCAACUGUCUGAAUUACUUUAUGGCUGAAAUUAUUGUACUACCCCAAAUAAUGUUGUAUGAUAGAUGUAUGUGGCUAGUUAGUCCACUAUUUUUCUCUCUAAUAUUUUCUUCAUAAUUCUAUUUGAUCUAAAUGUAAUUAUAAUAUAUGGUGCAAAGAUACCAUAAAAAAAUAUAGUGAAGAUGCUAAGGGUCAUGACAUUAUGCACUAUGGGAAAAUAUUGAAAUAGUCUUAGUCUUGUUUUAAAAAUAAAUUAUUUUAUUUUUU